AUGACAAACAAGUGGAGUAUCGAUUUUGCCAGUUUAGAUCCUUCAAGGGGCCGGAGUCAAGUAGCAGUUCAAGAUCCACCUGGUUUUGCACUUUCUUCCUCACAGACGCAUACAAAGGGCAACCUCAAAGGUAAAAAAGAUGCUCCACCAACAACAGAUCAAGAGACACUUAAAGUCAAGAAAGCAUGGGAAGCGGCGUUCUCGCCCGGAAAAAGCAUUCCAAUGAACGCAUUCAUGUUAUGGAUGAGCGGUAGUGGGGUCACGAUCUUUAGUGUCAUGAUUACUGGAAUGUUGUUCUUCUCCCCAAUAAAGGCGUUAAUGGGUGUCGACAGCGUAUUCGAACGCUACGAAUCGCCAAAGAACAAACGACAAUUGCUGGUGCCAAAGAUGGUGUACAUACUUUUACAACUAUGUACAAUGGGAUUAGGACUAUAUAAAUGCUCUUCCAUGGGACUGCUACCGACUGCCACAUCGGACUGGUUAGCCUUUAUGGAGCCUAAAACUGUGACCGAAUAUUCUAUUUUUUAA